AUGAUCCCCCCCAAGGAGAAGGCCAGGGCUCCCAAGGACAGCAUGACGCUCCUGCCCUGCUUCUACUUCGUGGAGCUGCCCAUCGUGGCCUCCUCCAUCGUGACGCUCUACUUCCUGGAGCUGACGGACCUCUUCAAGCCGGCCAAGGUGGGCUUCCAGUGCUACGACCGGGCCCUCUCCAUGCCCUACGUGGAGACCAACGAGGAGCUCAUCCCCCUGCUCAUGCUGCUCAGCCUGGCUUUCGCCGCACCCGCCGCCUCGAUCAUGGUCGGGGAGGGCAUCGUGUACUGCCUGCAGUCCAGGCUGAAGGGACGCGCCGGUGCCGAGGGCAGCAUUAACGCUGGCGGCUGCAACUUCAACUCCUUCCUGCGCCGGACCGUAAGGUUUGUGGGCGUCCACGUGUUCGGGCUCUGUGCUACGGCCCUGGUGACGGACGUUAUCCAGCUGGCCACUGGCUACCACGCGCCCUUCUUCCUGACCGUCUGCAAGCCCAACUACACGCUGCUGGGCACCCCCUGCGACGCCAACCCCUACAUCACCCAGGACAUCUGCUCGGGCACGGACAAGCACGCCAUCCUCUCUGCCAGGAAGACUUUCCCAUCCCAGCACGCGACGCUCUCGGCUUUCGCUGCCGUCUACGUGUCGAUGUAUUUCAAUUCCAUCAUCUCGGACAGCACCAAACUCCUCAAGCCCAUCCUGGUCUUCGCCUUUGCCAUCGCUGCUGGCAUCUGUGGCCUGACCCAGAUCACCCAGUACCGCAGCCACCCCGCCGACGUCUACGUGGGCUUCCUGAUUGGCUCCGGCAUCGCUGCCUACCUGGCUUACCACGCCGUCGGCAACUUCCGUGCCCCGAUGGAGAGGGUCCCAGCGCCGGCGCCAGCCAAGGAUGCGCUGCGGGCACUGACGCAGCGGGGCCAUGACUCCGUCUACCACCAGAACAAGUCAGUGAGCACCGAUGAGCUGAACCCACAGACGCGGCUGGAGGAGGCGGCGCGGCCAGUGCCGCGGGAGAAGAACUCCCUGGGCAGCCUGAAGCGGGCCAGUGUGGACGUGGACUUGCUGGCCCCCCGCAGCCCCAUGGGCAAGGAGAACAUGGUGACCUUCAGCAACACCCUGCCCCGCGUCAACACCCCCUCCAUGGACGACCCUGCACGGCGCCACAUGACCAUCCAUGUCCCCGUGGACGCCUCCCGCUCCAAGCAGCUCAUCACCGAGUGGAAGCAGAAGUCACUGGAGGGCCGGAGCAUGAUGCUGGCGGAGGAGGCGGCACACAGCCGGGGCACGGGGGACGCCGGCGAGGAUGUCCCCCCCUCCCUGUACCCCACGGUGCAAGCACGCUCGGCCGAGCGGGCGGCAAUGGGCCCCCGCGUCCUCAUCCAGCCCCGGCCGGGCACCUCGCAGCUGGUGCACAUCCCCGAGGAGAGCCAGGCGGGCGCCAGCAUCCCAGCCAGCAGUGGGGCGGCCGUGCGGGCCAAGUGGGUGAUGGUGGCGGAGAAGGGGGGAGCGCAGCGGGUGGCCAACCCUCCGCGCCUGAUGCAGGUCAUUGCCAUGUCCAAGCAGCAAAGCAUGGUCUCUGUCACCCCCAAGCACUCGGAGACUUCCUCCUCCUCCACCAGCUCUGACUCCUCCCAGUACCGCUCGCCCUCUGAGCGGGACAGCUCCAGCAUCAUCACCAUCGACGCCCACGCCCCGCACCACCCCGUCGUCCACCUCUCCGCCGGCAAUGGGCCCUGGGAGUGGAAAUCGGGGCCGAAGGGGCCGGAGGGGCCGGACGCCUACGAACUGGGCGAGAUGGGGAAGGAUUUCCAUGGCUUCCGCCCAGCCAAGAGCGCCGGCGUCUCCCCUGGCUCCUCUGUCAGCGACCAGGAUGAGCCACGCUAUGGCAGCCUGGCCGCCAUCCCGGUCCCGGCGGGGGGCGGCGGGGAGCGGGGAGAUGCC